AUGGACGGUCUCGAAAAUGAUAUAAAAGAAAAUAAAAAUGAAGAGUUAAAGAAAACUACGAACAAGAAAAUAGACAAAAAUCUCGAAAAAUUAAAAAAAAAUAAAAAAGAGGGUACUAACAGUGAAAUAAAUAAAAACAAUGAGAUGAUUAAAAUUGUUCGUGGGUGUCAAAAUGAUGAUAAUAUUUUUGAUUUUAUCAAUGUAGAAUACAAAAAAAAAUAUAUAACAAAGAGAAUAAAUAAUAUUAAUGAAAAUACAAACGAAACAAAUUUAGAACAAAAAAAAAGUGAGUAUAUUUUUUUUGAGUCAAUAAACUCAUAUGAAUUAAAAAAGUAUAAAACAAGCGACAUUAUAUUUAAUUUGUUAGUUGAUAUUACAAAAAAUAAUAUGGAAAAUUUAUAUAAUGAAAGUAAUUUUUUAAAUAAAGGAUGGUCUAAUUUGAAAAAGCAAAAAGAAUUUAUGAGUAAUAAAUGUAAGCUUAUAUUAGGUUUUAAAAAUCUAGCUAAAAAUGACGAAAAAAAUGUAGCUAAAAAUGAAGAAAAAAAUGACGGAAAAAAUAUGAACAAAUCAGGUAAAAAUGAUACUAAUGACAAUAUAAAUAGCGAAAAAGACGAUAAUUGUCCUGAAAAUAAUAUUAACAAACAAGGUGAAAUAAACUUCAUAAAUGUGUUAAAAAGUAAUAAUCCGGAAAAAGUAGAAGAAUAUUUAAAAAAUAAUAAAUUAGUUUGUUUUGUCCAUUAUAGAAUAAUUCCUGAUUAUUAUCCAUAUGAAAAAAAUAUUAUUUGCUAUUUAUAUGAAAUUCAAAUAAUUCCAGAUUUUAAAGGUGUAGGUAUAGGUAGCCAUUUAAUAAAUAUGUUAGAAAGUUUAUGCAAAAUUAUUAAAAUAAAUAAAAUUUUAUGUACGGUUUUAAAAAAUAAUAUUAAUGCUGUAGCAUUUUAUAAAAAAAAAUGUUUAUUUGAAAUGGAUGAAAAUUCACCAGACAAUUUUGAUACAGAUGAUUCAAAACCUUGUGAAUAUGAAAUUUUAAAAAAAGAAAUAAUUUUAUGA